GAUUUCAUCACAAUAUGAUUAUAUUAUAAUAUUUAUUAUCUAUCACUAUUUGAAAUAGUUUUUUUUAAGUUUUGUGAAUUAGCGAGGGAACCAGAGAUGCAGUUUAAUGGAUGCUCAUUAGCAGUCAUUGUUUGAAAUCCCUGUGAAAGCAAUUAGAAAAUUGCAUUAUAUUCUCCAUCCGUGACCUGUGGAGAAUAUCUGACCCUGAUGUAACCAUUACGUGCAGGCAUAAACACACCAACAAUAUUCCCAUUUAAAAAAAGGACAAGACAGUAUAAAAGCUGCUCAGUGCAGUGACACUUUAAUCUCCGAUAUAUUUACUCAGAUGCUUUAUGUGUUGACAUGAAAAACUUUUCUGAAGUGACGUCUUUUUAUCUGCAUGGUUACUAUGGGAUGGAGGGUCUGAAGCCACUGUACUUUUGCAUAUUCCUGAUUAUAUAUAUCGUCACUGUUGCUGAAAACACAGUGUUAAUCGGAGUGAUCUACUGUGAAAAAACUCUGCACAAACCCAUGUAUCUCAUGCUGUGCAGCUUGGCUGUGAAUGGCCUGUACGGGAGCACGGCCUUACUGCCAGCGCUGCUCCACAACCUGCUGUCACGCUCCUAUCAGAUAUCUCUGCACUUCUGUCAGACGCAGAUUUAUGCAGUGCACACGUAUGCCAUCACUGAGUUCACAAUCCUAGCAGCUAUGAGUUAUGACCGGUAUGUGGCCAUUUGCUAUCCGCUGCUUUAUCACACAAUCAUGUCGCAAAUACUCGUUAAACUUGUUGUGUUUAUGUGGCUGUAUCCCAUGUUGGCUUUUAUCAUUGUUUUAAUUUUCACUUUGCGUCUGCGGUUUUGUGAGAGAAUCGUAGAGAGGGUAUACUGCCUGAAUUACUCCUUGGUGAAACUUGCCUGCACAGAUACAUCUAUUGUUAACAUUGUGGGUCUUCUGUCUGUAGCUCUCUAUACACUUCCACAGCUUUCAAUGAUCUUUUAUUCAUAUGCACACAUCUUGAGGAUAUGUGUAUUUUCAUCCAGUAAAUCCAAGCUCAAAGCCCUCCGGACCUGCACCCCCCACCUGCUGGCAAUAAUUAACUACUCUAUCGGCUGCUUUUUGGAAAUAGCACAAAGUCGAUUCAACAUUAGUCAUCUGCCGUAUGGAACCAAGUUGUUUUUUUCUCUGUACUUUUUGAUAUUCCCACCGAUUCUUAACCCGGUAAUCUAUGGUUUGAGUAUUGAAGUCAUAAGGGUGCAAAUUUCGAGGCAUUUCUGCAGAAAAAAGCAGGCAUUGAAAAGGGACACCAAGUCUUUGUGCUCCUGCACGGUGAGCGAGGUCAAAAAGGAGGCUGAAGAAGAAAAGGAGGAGCAGAGCCGAGCAGGUAAAGGGAGGUUUUUGGUGCCUUUUAAUUCCAGCAAAGGGAUGCCGGCUGAGUGA